AUGAAGUUUGGCAAGACUUUCGAGUCCCACCUGACGAUCGAGUGGCGCCAGCAGUACAUGCGAUAUGCGGAUCUCAAGGCGCUGAUCAAACAAGGCGUGGAGAACGCCCCCUCGCCGCUGACCUCCGCGGACUAUGAGGUUCAGGCCUACUACCGGGCCUUCGAGGAGACCUUCCUCACCGAGUGCCAAACGGAACUGGAUGGGGUGAACAACUUCUUUCUGGAGAAGCUCCUGGAGGCGCGGCGCAAGCAUGGCCACCUGAAGCUGCAGCUUUUGGCCUAUUCCCGGGCGCCAGGACACACGGGCAGUGAUACCUCGAUGGUCUCCUCCUCCUCGAGGAUCCAGAAGCGGACCAUGACCCCGCGCCAGCUGCGGUACGCCUAUGCCGAGUUCUAUCUGAGUCUGGUGCUCAUCCAGAACUAUCAGUCGCUUAACGAGACGGGCUUCCGGAAGAUCUGCAAGAAGUAUGACAAGAAUCUGCGCUCCGCAGCGGCGGGCAGGUGGUUCGAGGACAAUGUCCUGGACGCCCCCUUCACGCACGUCGGCCAACUGCAGCGCAUGACCCUCGAGGUGGAGGACCUCUACACGGCCCAUCUGGCCAACGGGGAUCGGUCGCUGGCGAUGGAGAAGCUCCGGGUGCCGCCCCUGGGGGAACCCACUCCGCCGGCGAUGGUCUUCCGGGCGGGCAUAGCCCUCGGCACGCUCGUCAUGCUGCUCCUGGCCACCGCGAUCAGCUACUGGAAACGGGCUCCGCUGGAGAACGAUGCCCCGGAACUGAUGCGCCUGUACCGCGGUCCCUUCACCUGGGUGAUCUUCAACUUCUUCAUGGCGGCCAAUGUGGCCGGGUGGCAGCAGGCCGGCGUGAACCAUGUGCUGAUCUUCGAGAUCGACCCCCGGAGCCACCUGCAGCCGGCGACGUUCCUGGAGAUCGCCAGCACCUUCGGCAUCCUGUGGGCCCUCUCCAUGCUGGGCUUCCUGCACCACGUCCGCCUGGGCAUCUCGGACCCCUUCGUCUUCCCGCUGGCCCUCAUCCUGAUCAUGGUGGGUCUGCUGGUGGUGCCGCUGCCCAUCAUGAACUGGCCGGCCAGGUGGUGGACCAUCAAGCUGGUGGGUCGCGUCAUCUCCGCCCCGCUGCACUACGUGGGAUUCGCGGACUUCUGGAUGGGCGACCAGCUCAACUCGCUGGUCACCUGCAUCGUGGAUCACUACUACAUUGUGCGCUUCUAUGCGAUCAGUUGGCUGCGGUACGAGAGGGUCUGCAACUGCUUCGAGCCGGAUGUGAUUGUGCCCAUAACGAUGUGCCUGCCCGGCUGGUUUCGGUUCGCCCAGUGCCUGCGGAGAUUCCGGGACAGUGGCUCCAAGUCGGUGAGCUACCUGAUCAAUGCUGGGAAGUAUGCGACCACAUUUCUGGUGGUCCUUUUCGCCACACUGCGCGGCAAUUCGGAGGGUGAAUACGCCAGUACGUUCAGCAACCCGUACACCUGGCUGUUCCUCGCCAGCUGCGUGGUGGCCACCGUCUACUGCUACUUGUGGGACGUCAUCCGGGACUUUGGCCUCUUCAGGAUCAUGCGCGGCGAGCAUAUAUUCCUGCGCAAGCAACUGGUCUAUCCGCAGGCCUUCUACUACUUCGUCAUUGUCGAGAAUCUCGUGCUGCGGCUCUUCUGGGCCGUGGAGUUCGCCAUCCUGUAUCACAACCUGAUGACGCCCUACAACACCAAGACCAUCAGCAGUAUCCUGGAGAUCACCAGACGCUUCAUUUGGAACUACGUGCGGCUGGAGAACGAGCACUUGUUCAACUGCGGCAAGUUCCGAGCCACCAGGGAGAUCCAUUUGGCGGCCCUGAAUCCUCGCCAGGAGCGAAUGCUGGAGAGCAUGAUGGACGAGUCGGAUGGCGUGACCAACCGGCGCAAGUCGAAGGAGCGCAUUCGCCUGGGGAAGGAGUACUUCUAAGCCAGCUGC